CCAAUCAGCUGCUUGACGUCUCCCGUGACGCUCCGCCCGGUGCCCGGCUAGGUUCCGGACUCUCGGUUGCCAUGGCGGCGGCUGCUGGCAGCCCCGGAGCGGCGUAUGAAUGCAAUAUCUGCCUGGACACGGCCCGGGAGCCGGUGGUCAGUGUGUGCGGCCAUCUGUACUGCUGGCCGUGUCUUCAUCAGUGGUUGGAAACGCGACCAGAGCGCCAGGAGUGUCCUGUGUGUAAAGCCGGCAUCAGUCGAGAGAAUGUCAUACCAAUAUAUGGCAGAGGAGACAACAACCAGCAAGACCCCAGGUUAAGGACUCCCCCAAGACCUCAAGGACAGAGACCAGAACCAGAAAACCGAGGGGGUGUUCCAGGGUUCACAGACACCGGAUUCCACAUGUCCUUUGGCAUCGGAGCAUUCCCUUUUGGCUUUUUUACUACAGUCUUUAACACUAAUGACUUCCAGUCAGCACCACGUGUAGAUACCGGCCUCCCCCAGGGCAGGAUGUUUGGGUUACCCGACUCGCUCUUCCUCAUCAUUGCUGCCUUCUUCUUUCUCUGGUUAAUCAGCGUUUGAAGCCUGGGAGCGACUUUCCGACUCGCCGGCUGUAAGGCCUUCUAGCCAUCUACAGUACAUCAUCCAUCAGAGAUGCCGCUGAGCCACUCGUCACCCAUCCCCCCUGUAAACACUCCCUUCGGUCCAUACGGUUUUUACUCCCUAUGUCCCCCGCUCCAACUCCAUCUUCUCUUUUUCUAUGGCACUUUAUUACGAUCCACUCCAGUGACGAGUCACAUUUGUAACCGUUACAUUUUUAUUUGAAGAUUUGUAAGUAGCCCUCUUCCUGUUUUUUGCACAUUGUAAAUGUUUGAGAUGAAAAUUCAUGGAGAUCCAGGAUAACGGUCUGUGGACACGUAAUAUGAUGAAUUUCUCUAAUGGUGGACAUGUCCCGGCUUCUUCUACUUCCAGGAGUAUCACCUUCUUCUAGGACUGUCCAGCUUGUUUAGGUCCAGCAGGUUUUAGGGCUGCUAAUAAGCGCAUUGGGUAGCAGAAAAAUAAAAUGGUGAUUAAAUGGGAGGUGUGAUGGACAA